AUGAACCUCAACGCCUCGCCAUGUUCGAUGAACCAGAAGGCUACCAUCAACCAGUCUUUUCUCGCCCACCAUAGUGUCAGCAAGAAGCAGACGCCUAGCACUAUACUCGCUACUUUGGAUGCCACGAUGUUGAAGCCACAGAAGGUCAGCAGAGCACCUAUCAAUGAGGAGCCCAAGUAG